UGUGCAACAGACGGGGUUAGUCUGUAUCAACCGAGCGGGACUUGAUCAGCCGAUGACUCCAAAGGACACGUUGUACAGGAUUUAACUUGUCUACAUUUACGAAAUGCGCCUUACUUGGAAACGAUGGACUGUGUGCACCAUUAGUAUUCUCUUGAUUUUUUACAAGACGAAAGACAUAACAACAAGAAGUGGGGAACAUCAGGAAGCCCAACUCAAAGGGGAUGGUGAGCUAAUAGCCUUCAGACUAAUGGUCAAUAGCUCGGAGAAAAGCAGCGGGAGGGUCGUGCCCGAUGUCCCCCAGCCCUCGGCGGACGGCUGGCGGGUCAACUCCUCGCUGGUGCUAAUGAUAAGAAAGGACAUCUUACGAUUCCUGGACGCUGAGCGGGACGUGUCCGUGGUGAAGAGCAGCCUGAAGCCCGGCGACACCAUCCACUAUGUACUGGACCGGCGCCGGACGCUCAACGUGUCGCAGACCUUACACAAGCUGCUUCCUGAGGUCUCUCCUCUGAAGAACCGGAGGUUCAAGACCUGUGCUGUCGUUGGAAACUCGGGGGUGCUGCUAAGUAGCGGAUGUGGCCAGGAGAUCGACAGCCACGACUUUGUAAUACGAUGUAACCUGGCCCCACUGGCGGAGUUUGCGGACGACGUCGGCCUGCGCUCCGACUUCACCACCAUGAACCCGUCGGUCAUCCAGCGGGCGUACGGGGGCCUGCGCAACGCCACGGACCGCGAGCGCUUCGUGGAGCGGCUGCGGGCGCUCAACGACAGCGUGCUGUGGAUCCCCGCCUUCAUGGUGAAGGGCGGCGAGAAGCACGUGGAGGGCGUCAACGAGCUCAUCUUGCAGCGGGGCCUGCGCGUGCGGACGGCCUACCCCUCGCUGAGGCUCAUCCACGCCGUCAGGGGGUACUGGCUCACCAAUAGAAUUCACAUCAAACGGCCAAGCACUGGAUUACUCAUGUACACCUUGGCCACUCGUUUCUGUGAUGAGAUUCAUCUCUAUGGCUUCUGGCCCUUUCCCAAAGACACACAUGGGAACCCAGUGAAGUACCACUACUACGACACACUCAAAUAUCGCUACUUCUCCAACGCAGGGCCGCACAGGAUGCCAUUGGAGUUCAAGACUCUGAAAACAUUACACAGCAAAGGUGCACUGAAGCUGACGACCUCAAAGUGCGUGCAACCUUGAAGUACUCCUUGCACGCAACCUUGAAGUGUGCUGAUCAUGAUGUCGUUUGGUGGCAUGCGUGAUUGAUAUGCUAUGUGGAGGAGAAUGUAUGUACUCAUUAAGAGAUCAUGGAAGAGACUCAAUAGGCCAUGCCUCAGCUUAUCAAGAGAACAGGUACUGAGUAUGUUGCCUGAGUGCCUUCAGUAUUGAAACCGUUGAAUGACUGGAUGUUAAGACUGUUCGAUAAUAUAAAUUGUACUUUGGAUGCAGUACAUCUCUAAGGAAUUCGAAUUCUGAGUUCUAUGACCUCUUUCAGAGUCAGACACUGUAAUUUCCGCAGUCACUUCUGGUUACAUGGAACCAUUACACAUAAAAUACAAUAUUCUGAAUUCCCCUGGUUGUCUUUAGUAUACACAGAUAGAAGGUUAUAUGCCAAACGACCUAUUGAAGCAAUUUGGAUGUUCUAAAAGGGACUGGGUUCCCUUAAUUUUAAACCCAAAGACGGUAAUUUCUGUUUCAUUUGACAUUUCUUUGAAAGAUUGUAUUGUUCUUCAAUGCUGUACUUUUUAGAAGUUAGAGGCCUCAGGUCAAAAAUUAUUUUUAUAUGUUUAGAUAGUAGCCAAUGUGAAAUUUCACACAUACUAUUUAUAUGAUUGAUUCAGCUUCUUACACUAAUGUGCAUUUGCCUGGAUAAAUUUCCCCUUUUGUAAAACCUGGAUGUAAAACAUUGCUGAAUGUACAACUGCCUAAGCGGUGUGGGCUAUACUGUCUUGUGUGCUGUAGAUGAUAGGAAAAAAAUAUUACUUAAGAGUAUUAAAAUUACCGUCAGUCUGAUUCUGACACUUGUCUCUCACUCUUCUCCAUCCUGAUGUCAUCAUAGGCAAUAGAUUACACAAGGAGUGUAACACCAAUCAUACUGUUUCCGUCAUCUGAAUUCUUGUGCCAACUGACAGGCUUGCUUUUGUGAGUCAUGACUGAAUAAGAUCAUUAUAUUAUUGGGCAUACACCUUUUGCAUUCAAAUAGUGAGGUCAUGUCUUUAGCUGCUGGUGUUGGUACAUUGAGCUAGUCUGUCAUACAUGGUCAUCCCUCACAGCAAUGUUGAAAAACAAUUUUUGACCCAUGUUGAUCAGGCUUUGUUGUGUUCCAUCCAAGUAGGCCUAUGUGCUGUUGAGGGAACAGAAUUGCCAGAGGGAAUUGCAUUUAAUUUUCUUUCCUGCAUAAUUUGUCUUUUAAGGUCAAAACCACUCAAGUCAGGUAUCAACAAUGUGAUUAUGUACAUACAUGGUAGUCUAUUGAAUAUAGAGCAACAGGAAUGAAUUGGAAUGUCUCUACAUUUAUGUAAUGAUUAUGUAAGUAAUAUACUGUGAUCUGCCUUUUGUAAAGAAUAUCAGUAUUCAUUUAGAAUGAAUAAGGAAAAGGUAAUUUAGAUAAUGAUGUGCAUCAUGCCUUUUAUUGUAAUAUAUUUAUUUAUUCUUUAUUCAUGUGGAAUUUGCUGUGUUAUAUAUUAUUUUUUAUAGGUUCAUAUGUCUGUAAUUUAUAUUAAUGUAAUGUUUUUGUACUUUGAAUCAAAACCGACUUAAGGUGUUGAAUGUGAUAGGUAGCCUAUAGGAUUUGGAUCAUUUGUAAAAGAAAUUUGAUACUUUCCCCCCUUACAUUUUAGUUAGUUUUUGUUUGAAUUUGUUUUUAUCAAAUUUCUAUGUUUGUGAAAAUGCAUUUUAGAAAUGUUGAUUAAAUAUGAAUAUUUACUAUGGAA